AUGUCGGCAAUUAUAAAGCUGAGGGAAGCGCGCGCCACACUGCUGUACGUGGAAAGCAUUUUAUACUGGCAAGCAAACAAGGUAAAACCAUCACCAACAGUUAUUCGUGAGAAGGAUACUCCAUCGGAUACUCUCGAUUCUUUUCAUUCUGGACGAAGAGAAGCUAUUGAACGUACCAUUGUUAGAGACAAGUCACAGCUUCCUACUAUAGAUGAUAUUGUCGGACAAAUAGAGGCUAAAAAGGCUCUAAUGGAAGCCGUGGUUGAUCCUGUGUUGUAUCCGGAAUGGUUUGCUACAUCAGGCCAUAAUCCUUGGCGUUGUGUUCUCCUUUAUGGUCCACCAGGAACUGGUAAAACACGUUUAGCCCAAUCAGUUGCGCGAGAAAUGAAUACCAGAUUUUAUCAGGUUACUUCCUCAGAUUUAAUUUCAACUUGGAGUGGUCAGAGUGAGAAAUUAAUUCGUGAACUUUUUGAUCAUGCUUUAGCUCAUAAUGGUUCCUCGGUUAUAUUUAUCGAUGAAAUUGAUAGUUUGUGCCGGAUUAGACAGGUCACUGAAGACGAUAAUAUUAGACGUGUCAAGACAGAGCUGUUUCUGCAACUUCAAAGGCUGCAUAGUUCGCUUAGUUCUGUACUGCUUAUUUGUGCAACUAAUUGUCCAUGGGAAUUGGAUGCAGCUUUCUUGAGACGUUUUGAAAAAAGAAUUUUUGUUGGUUUACCUGACGCUGCAUCAAGAAGAAUCCUGUUUAAGAAGUUCUUAAAUAAACUUACAGUAUCAAGCGAUAUUGAUUGGAAUGUUUUGGAAACAGUAACGGAUGGUUUCAGUGGUGAUGAUCUGAGAAGAUUUGCUCGCGAAGUCGCUUUUCUGCAUUUUAAUAAGUUCAAAAUCGACCAAAUCCUGGUCAAGCAUAUGUCUUUGCAUAGUACAUCCACAUCUCAGAAACCGCUCUUUAUCGUCUUCUUGAAGAAGAAUUUUGAUAUUUGCUGUCGAACUGUUGUUUUAUUUUCUGUACUGUUUGGAGAUUGA